AUGGAAAAUAUUUGGUACGAUGGACCUAUCUAUGAUGCUAUUGAACAGUCAUUAACAAAUAAUAAACUUAUAGUUAUAACAGCAGUUAAUGACAGUGAUGAAAGUCAGUCUAUUCUCCAACUAUUUGAAAAUGAAUUAAAAGAAACAAUGAAAAUGACAACUACAUUGUUGCUUCAUGAAAAUGAUGAAAACUUUCAAUUCUUUAGUUCUUUGUAUACUCAACCAAUUGUAUUUCCUUCAGUAUUCUUCUUUAAUGGAGCUGGACUUCAAAAAGUAUUUAUUAAGAAUGAAAUUACUAAAGACACUAUUUCAUCAACAAUAUUUCAAUUAACAAUGGCAUCAGUUUUGAGUCAACAAAUUACUAAUCAACAACAGCCAUCACACAUUCCUAAUCAACAACAGCCACCAAACAUUCCUAGUCAACAACCACCAUCACAAACUAGUUCAUCUAACCAACAACAAGAAAAAAAAGGUGAUGAUGAAAUAAAGGUAAUGAAAGGAGAGUUAAAAAGAAGAGAAAAAGAAAGAAAAGCCCGUGAAGAACAAAGGAUAAAAGAAGAAAUAGCUGAACAAAACUUAAUUAAAGAAAAUGAAAAAAAGAGAAAAGAAGAUGAAGAAUAUAGAAAGAUAUUAAUUAAACGGAUUAAAGAAGAAAAAGAAAAUAAAAUUCAACAACAACAAGAAGAGCAACAACAAAGAGAACUAGAACUAAAACAACAAAAACAAGAAAGAGAAGAAAAGAAACAAAAAGUUCAUAUAGCUCUUAGAUUACCAAAUGGAGAAAUAAAGAAAGAGUAUUUUGAAAAACAAGACACCCUUCAAAAAGUUUAUAACUUUGUCAUGGGAUUUGGGUUUGAUAAAUUUGUUCUUAUUGAUGGAGUUAAGAAAAAUGAAUUCACUGAUCUUAAUCAAACACUGGAAAAUUUAAGAUUUUGGCCAUCUAUUUUAUUACAUGUUGUUAUAAAGAAUAUAGGAGAAAAAAAAGAACCUAUGUUUGGAACAGGAAGUGGAACAGGAAAUGUACCACAACAAACAUGGUAUGAAUGGUUUAAAUCAAUGUUUUAA